AUGGCUUCAGCUAAAUGCCCCAUGAGAGAGUCCAAUGUCGGCGGCGGCGGCACUCGCAACCGCGACUGGUGGCCCAAUGACCUGAGACUCAACAUCCUCCGCCAGCACACUGCUGUCUCCAACCCCAUGGACAAGGACUUCAACUACGCACAAGCCUUCAAGAGCUUGGACUAUGAAGCAGUCAAGAAGGAUCUCCAUGCCCUAAUGACAGACUCUCAGGACUGGUGGCCGGCAGACUUUGGUCACUAUGGCGGUCUCUUCAUUCGAAUGGCCUGGCACAGUGCCGGUACCUACCGUGUUGCCGAUGGCCGCGGAGGAGGUGGCCAAGGUCAACAGCGCUUUGCCCCCCUCAACAGCUGGCCCGACAAUGUCAGCUUGGACAAGGCACGCCGCUUGCUUUGGCCCAUCAAACAGAAGUACGGUAACAAGAUCUCGUGGGCCGACCUGAUGCUCCUCACUGGCAAUGUCGCCCUCGAAUCCAUGGGCUGCAAGACCUUUGGCUUUGCUGGUGGCCGCCCGGACACGUGGGAGGCUGACGAGUCCGCCUACUGGGGUGGCGAGACCACUUGGCUAGGCAAUGACAUUCGCUACGGCCAAGGUCACACCGGGAUUGAGGGCGAGGGCGUCGUCGAUUCUGAUGAACAUAAAAAAGACCACAAGGACAUCCACACCCGUGAUUUGGAGAAUCCGCUCGCAGCCUCACAUAUGGGCUUGAUCUAUGUCAACCCGGAAGGCCCGGACGGCGUUCCCGACCCUGUCGCUGCCGCUCGAGACAUCCGCACCACCUUUGGCCGCAUGGCGAUGAACGAUGAGGAAACCGUUGCCCUGAUUGCUGGUGGCCACUCCUUCGGCAAGACACACGGCGCCGCUCCUUCCGAGAACGUCGGCAAGGAGCCAGAGGACGCUCCCCUGGAGCAAAUGGGACUUGGAUGGGCCAACAAAUAUGGUUCCGGCAAGGGUCCUGACACCAUUACCAGCGGUAUCGAAGUCACCUGGACCGGGACCCCGACAAAAUGGAGCAACAACUUCCUCACUUAUCUCUUCAAAUAUGAAUGGGAGCUCACCAAGAGUCCCGCUGGCGCCAACCAGUGGGUUGCAAAGACGGAUGACUUGAUCAUUCCAGAUGCGUAUGACACCAACAAGAAGCACAGGCCAACCAUGUUGACAACCGACCUUUCCCUCCGCUUCGAUCCGGCAUAUGAGAAGAUCUCGCGCCGUUUCCUCGAGAACCCGGAUCAACUGCACGACGCUUUCUCCCGUGCCUGGUUCAAACUCUUGCACCGUGAUAUGGGUCCACGGUCCCGCUGGCUCGGUCCCGAGAUCCCGUCCGAGGUCCUCAUUUGGGAAGACCCUCUCCCACCCGCCAACCAUCCCAUCAUCGAUGAAUCGGACAUUACUAGCCUGAAACAAAAGAUUCUGGCCACCGGUAUUAAAUCUGCCGAGCUGAUCACUACUGCCUGGGCAUCGGCUUCAACCUUCCGCGGCAGCGAUAAGCGUGGCGGCGCCAAUGGUGCUCGCAUUCGUCUCGCUCCCCAGAACAAGUGGAAAGCAAACAACCCUCAAACGCUGAGCCAAGUGCUGGGCGCCUUGGAGAGGGUGCAACAGGAAUUCAACAGCUCUGCAAGCGGUGGCAAGAAGGUAUCGCUAGCCGAUCUCAUCGUCCUGGCAGGUUGCGCGGCUGUUGAGAAAGCCGCUGGCAUCCCUGUUCCCUUCACUCCUGGCCGCACAGAUGCUACCCAGGAGCAAACCGAUGUUGAAUCUUUCGAACACCUUGAGCCUUUGGUUGAUGGAUUCCGCAACUAUGGCAAGGGAACAUCCCGUGCCCGAACUGAGCACUUCCUUGUCGACAAGGCACAACUGCUGAAUCUUUCUGCUCCCGAAAUGACAGUGCUGGUUGGCGGCCUUCGUGCUCUGAAUGCCAACUGGGAUGGGUCUUCGUACGGUGUCUUUACCAAGCGCCCCGGCCAAUUGACCCCCGACUUCUUCACCAACCUCCUCGACAUGGGCACCGCCUGGAAGGUGGCCAGUAACGACGAGGAACUCUAUGAGGGCUUCGACCGCAAGACCGGCGAGAAGAAGUGGACUGGCACCCGCAGUGAUCUUGUCUUCGGUUCACAUGCUGAGUUACGUGCGAUUAGCGAGGCGUAUGCUAGCGCUGGCAACGAGGAGAAAUUUGUCAGGGACUUUGUGGCAGCUUGGAAUAAGGUGAUGAACCUGGACCGCUUUGAUGUCGCAUCCCUUCAGGAUCCUGCAAAAGCGCGUCUAUAA